AUGAGCACCGCCCGCUUCUGCGGAACCACGACACGAGCGACACGGACCAUUCUACGAUCGCCGCCGCUUCUGAAGUAUAGUAGCCGAAGCAGCUGUUUACCGAAGCUCUGUACCGAUACAACGGGCUUAAGUGGGCGUGGAUCUGGUUUGGGAUUGAAGCAGAAGAAGAAGGGUGUUGAAAUUGGGAUAGGGAGAGGAUUCGCUACGAUGCCGAUGCAGCAUAGUGUGCCGGCGCUGAGCGACCCGUCACUGUUGAAGACGGGCGUCGCGUAUGUGGAUGGCGAGUGGGUGGGUGCAAAGUCUGGGAAGACCUUUGAGGUUUUUGACCCCUCCUCGGCAAAGCUCAUCGGCGUCGCGCCGGAGUUCGAGGUCGAGGACACGCAGAAGGCGAUUGAUGCCGCGGCUAGGGCUUUCCCGGCUUUCAAGCUUAUGACAGGGCGGGAGAGGUCAAAGAUGUUGCGGAAGUGGUACGACCUGAUGGUCGAGAACUCGGAAGAUAUCGCGAAGCUCAUAACGUGGGAAAAUGGCAAGCCUUUUGCCGAUGCCAAGGGCGAGGCUGCGUAUGCAGCGAGCUUUUUCGAGUGGUUUAGCGAGGAGGCGCCGAGAGUGUAUGGGGAUACUAUUCCGGCGUCGGUUGUCGGCAACAGAGUGGUGACGAUCAAGGAGCCCGUUGGGGUUUGUGGUUUGAUUACACCAUGGAACUUUCCGGCGGCAAUGAUUACGAGGAAGAUUGGCCCUGCUCUUGCCGCUGGCUGCACAGUGGUCGCUAAGUCUCCUGGCGAGACACCUUUCACUGCCCUCGCUCUAGCCGAGCUUGCUCACAGAGCUGGUAUUCCCAAAGGAGUCGUCAAUGUCAUAAGCGCUCUCGAGAACACCCCAGCAGUUGGGAAGCUCCUCACCACUUCGCCAAUCGUUAAGAAAGUCUCGUUCACUGGAUCGACUGGCGUCGGCAAGCUAUUGAUGAAGCAAUCUUCCUCCACCCUCAAGAAGUUAUCCUUUGAGCUGGGUGGAAACGCUCCAUUUAUUGUCUUCGACGACGCAGAUCUCGACGCUGCAGUUGCAGGAGCAAUUACCAGCAAAUUCCGCUCUUCAGGCCAAACAUGUGUCUGCGCAAACCGAAUCUUCGUGCAAUCCAAAAUCUACGACUCGUUCGCCCAAGCAUUCGCUGCCAAGGUCAAGGAGUUCAAGGUUGGCGGCGGAUACACCGAGGGCGUCACUCACGGUCCCUUGAUCCAUGACAGAGCGAUCAGCAAGGUUGAUGCUCAUGUCAGGGACGCUGAGAAGAAGGGUGGAAAGGUCGUCCAAGGUGGGCAGAAGAUGCCUGAACUGGGAUCGAACUUCUUCCAGCCUACGAUCAUCACUGGCAUGACGACCGAUAUGGCUCUCGCUACAGAGGAAACGUUCGGUCCCGUCGCUGGACUCUUCAAGUUCGAGACUGAAGAGGAGGUUGUCAAGAUUGCUAACUCGUCCGAAGUCGGACUAGCGGGAUACUUCUUCUCGAAGGAUAUCCACCGCGUGGCGCGCAUUGCUGAGGCGUUGGAAGUCGGCAUGGUGGGUGUGAACACCGGCUUAAUCAGUGAUCCUGCGGCACCAUUUGGCGGUGUUAAAGAGAGUGGCUUUGGCAGGGAGGGGAGCAAGUAUGGAAUUGGGGAGUACCAGGUUACGAAGAUGAUCACGUAUGGUGGGAUGGGGACACCGCUGCAGAAGUAG